AUGUCCGAGACCUACGAUUUCCUGUUCAAGUUCCUGGUGAUCGGCAGCGCCGGCACCGGCAAGUCCUGCCUGCUGCACCACUUCAUCGAGAGCAAGUGUAGGCAAUGCCGCCGGAAACCAUUGGGGGUGGAGUUUGGCUCCAAGGUCGUCAACGUGGGCGGCAAAACCGUCAAGCUGCAGAUCUGGGACACGGCGGGCCAGGAGCGCUUCAGGUCCGUCACGCGCAGUUAUUACCGCGGGGCCGCGGGGGCGCUGCUCGUCUAUGACAUCACCAGCCGCGAGACGUACAACGCGCUGGCGCAGUGGCUGACGGACGCGCGCACCCUGGCCAGCCCCAACAUCGUCAUCAUCCUCUGCGGCAACAAGAAGGACCUGGAGGGCGAGAGGGAGGUCACCUUCCUGGAGGCCUCGCGCUUCGCCCAGGAAAACGAGCUGAUGUUCCUGGAGACGAGCGCGCUGACGGGCGAGAACGUGGAGGAGGCGUUCCUCAAGUGCGCCCGCAGCAUCCUCAACAAGAUCGAGUCCGGGGAGCUGGAUCCCGAGCGGAUGGGCUCGGGGAUCCAGUACGGGGACGCGUCGCUGCGGCAGCUCCGGCAGCCCCGGGGGGCUCCGGCCCCCGCCCGGCAGGGCUGCGGCUGCUGAGACCCCAAAGGAGCCCCAAAACCAGGUGAGAGCACCCCAAAAACAGCCC